AUGACGCCCCAGCAGAUGAGCCCCUUGGGAAGUCAGCUGUCUGAAGCCGAUCAACUUGUGGGCAUUAGUGCCAGGGAGCAGGUGACAAAUCACAUCCUGCUUGUUACAGCUAAAGCCAGAAUGCCUCAGCUGUCGGGGAGAGACACGUUAACCCCUCACCAGGGAAACUGCAAGACUCCUUCCUUCCUCAGGAAUGCCUGGGCCAAGGAACUGGUGCUGGUGGUGUCCUUCACCAUCGGGGGCCUCAUUAUAAUUCUGCCCACAAUCAGCCCCUACACCAAGUAUGCCAUCAUGAUCAACCAGGCCUCACCUUACAACCACCCAGUGCUCCUCCUAGACAAUGGGAACAUACUCAAUGGGUCCAGCAACCCACAGGACCCACAGGGCCCAAGCUUGGAGUGGCUGAAGAAACUGUGA